AUGGAUAAGAGACUCAUGAGGUUUAAGGAGGAGCUCACCAGGCUGGACAAUUUAGUUAGUGAUGGGAUUUAUGAUGGUACAACGGAGGCUAGAAGGAAGGCGCUUGUGAGCUUUUGUUCAAAAUGGUACAUUAGAAAGGAAAUACACUGGAAACAGAUGUCUCGGUCUAAGCAUGCUACAAACAUGGAUAAGAAUACCAGAUACUUUCAUAACAUUGCUUCGGCCAGAAGACGGAAUAACAAGAUCGAUGCAAUGAUGAUACAUGGAAGACUUGUGCGGAAUCAGGCGAGAAUAAAAGGUGCGAUUAGAGGGUUCUACAAGGAUUUAUAUAGACAUGAAUAUGUUCCGAGGAUUGGAAUCAGGGAUGGCUUAGUAAAGUGUAUCCAUAGGGAUGAGGCUGAAGCUUUAGAAGUGAUGCCGACGGAUGAGGAAAUCAAGGAGGCUGUGUGGGACUGCGAAUCUUCCAAGGCCCCAGGGAGUAAUGGGUAUAACAUGAACUUCAUAAAGAAAUGCUGGGAGGACAUUGGGCCGGAGCUGCGGUAA